GAGAGAGCGCGCGCGUAAGAAGGAGCGAUAGUGAAGAAGAAGAAGAGAGUUUGUUAAUCAGAGUCAGAGGCGAGAUGUCGUCGCACCGCUGACUCCCUUCUGAAUCCUCUCGGUUGUUUUAAACCACGGUUGGAAGAGAACCAGAGGAGAACCGGAGCACGAUCCGCACGCUGACGCCGCGGACAGGAGAGGGACCAUGGGCUCUGCUUCGUCCUCUUACCGGGUCAUUUAUCUGGACGUGGAUGGAAGGAUUCAGAAGGUGGUGUUCAGUAGAUUCUGCAGCCCGUGUGACAUCAAGGAACUGUUAUGUACAGCUCUGGGUGUUCCAAGGAAUACAAAUCUGUCCCUGCUGGAUUCCUCUGGAGCUAUGGUGUCCAUCGACCCCACCAUGCCACACAACACAGACAGGUCACCAUACCGAGUGUUGCCAAUGACUGGAGGACAGCUUGCUGAUAAAGAGGAACUCUUUCAGAAUGUACUGACACAAGUAGCAGAGCAAUUUUCAAGGGCAUUCAAGAUAAAUGAGCUGAAGACGGAGGUCACCAACCGUCUGGCCAUGUUGGAGAAGAGAGUAGAGCUGGAGGGCAUGAAGGUGGUGGAGAUUGAGAAAUGUCGCAAUGACAUCAAGAAGCUUCGUGAAGAAAUGGCAUCAAGAAAUAACAGUAACUUCCUUGAAGACAAUAAGAAGCUGACUCCUCGCAGAGAUGUGCCCUCCUAUCCCAAGUAUCAUCUCUCUAAGGAGACAGUAGAAGCUCUUAGAUUGCCUACAUUUGAUGCUUGGCAGUGGGAACCCAAUGAGAUGCUAAGCUGUCUGGAACAUAUGUACCAUGACCUUGGCUUGGUCAAAGACUUUAACAUCAACCCAAUUACACUCAAGAGAUGGCUGUUAUGUAUCCAUGACAACUACAGGAACAACCCCUUCCACAACUUCCGCCACUGUUUCUGUGUCACACAGAUGAUGUACAGCAUGAUCUGCCUCUGCAGCCUUCAGGAGAAGUUCACUCAGGUGGAUAUUUUGAUUCUCAUGACGGCUGCUGUGUGUCACGAUCUCGAUCACCCUGGAUACAACAACACGUACCAGAUCAAUGCCAGAACAGAGUUGGCAGUUCGUUACAACGACAUCUCCCCCCUGGAGAAUCACCACUGCGCUGUGGCUUUCCAGAUUUUCUCUCAACCCGACUGUAACAUCUUCUCCAACUUUGACCCGGAAGCCUUCAAACAGAUACGACAGGGAACUAUCACACUGAUCCUGGCUACAGACAUGGCACGACACGGUGAGAUCCUAGACUCCUUUAAGCAGAAAGUCGACAACUUUGACUACACAGAUGAGGAGCAUGUCACCUGUCUGAAGAUGGUGCUUAUCAAGUGCUGUGACAUCUCCAAUGAAGUGCGACCCAUGGAGGUGGCUGAGCCCUGGGUGGACUGUCUGCUGGAGGAGUACUUCAUGCAGAGUGACAGGGAAAAGUCUGAAGGGCUUCCUGUGGCUCCAUUCAUGGACAGAGAGAAAGUCACCAAACCGACGGCUCAGAUCGGCUUCAUUAAGUUUGUCCUCAUCCCCAUGUUUGAGACUGUGAUGAAGCUGUUCCCCCAGAUUGAGGAGGCGAUGGUGCAGCCACUCCGAGAGUCAAGGGACCGAUAUGAAGAACUCAAACAGAUCGAUGAUGCCAUGAAUGAGGUUCAGAAAAAGAAAAGUGAGAACUUGACCAUGGGAGGAAAGAAGAAGUAAAAAUUGGAGGCAGUGAGACUGUAGAGAAUGAGAGUGAAGCAGUGUGACCUGGAGUGGUCAGACACUUUGGUUCAUCCUGGACCAUCACUGUGUCCUGUCCUCACUUCAGCCUGCUGCAGAGCACUUCACCACGACGAUGUGUGAUCUGGGAAAAUCAGGUAGAUUUCAGUGUGUCACAGAAAAAUGGCCGAGUGGAUCAGAGUGGCUCUGAGACGGUCACGGGCUAGUGAUGGACUCAAGGACCAGAUGGACAACCCAACCCAAAGCCUUUUUCAGGGAAUGUCAACAUUUGUACAGCACAUACUACUUCAGUGAACAACAUUUAGAUACAUAACUUGCAUUAUUUUUUAUUUGAAAUGUGUUUUUUACAGAUUGUACAGAUUUUAGUGACA